UUGGCUGACAAGCCCUCUUUGUCAUUGCAGACGCUGAUGCAGGACUCUCAGGAGCAGACAGAAUUGCGUUCAUUCCCUGGACCUCUGAUCAAGGAGGAGACGCAUAAAGUAGAUGUUAUCAAGUUUGCCCAGAAUAAGGCCCUGGAGUGCAUGCGCAGUGAUGACCUUGUUGACAAAUAUUCCGCCUGCCUUAUCUGGGAGUUCAUUGUCUUGAUGUGCCGACAAAAUGGGACGGUUGUCGGCACAGACAUCGCCGACCUCCUGCUCCGUGAGCACCGCUCCUCGUGGCUGCCGGGGAAAUCUCCGAACGAGGCGAACCUCAUCGACUUCAACAACGAGGCUCUGGAGCAGCCCGAGGAGGCGGAGCAGGGGGCCAUGUCACUCAUAUCAGACACCUUCAUGAGCGUGCCCGACAACAUCGGCAAGGAGACGGAGCGCUUUCGCGAGCUGCUGCUGUUCGGACGCAAAAAGGAAGCUCUGGAGGCAGCCAUGAAGAACGGUCUGUGGGGUCACGCUCUGCUGUUGGCUAGUAAGAUGGACAGCAGGACACAUGCCAGAGUCAUGACCAGGUUUGCCAAUAGCUUGCCCAUCAAUGACCCUCUGCAGACUGUUUACCAGCUCAUGUCUGGGAGGAUGCCAGCUGCUGCUACAUGUUGCGGUGAAGAGAAGUGGGGUGAUUGGCGCCCCCACCUGGCCAUGGUGUUGUCUAACCUCACUCACACAGUGGACCUGGACAUGCGCACCAUCGCCACCAUGGGCGACACUGCAGCUUCCAAGGGCCUGGUGGAUGCAGCUCACUUCUGUUACCUGAUGGCUCAGGUGGGGCUGGGCGUGUUCACCAAGAAGAGCACCAAGAUGGUGCUGAUCGGCUCCAACCACAGCUUGCCGUAUGAGAGGUUCUGCACGUCCGAGGCCAUCCAGCGCACGGAGGCGUAUGAGUAUGCCCAGUCUCUGGGCUCUCAGCCUCUCAGCCUGCCCAACUUCCAGGUGUUCAAAUUCAUCUACGCGUGUCGCCUUGCUGAGAGUGGGCUCUGUGCCCAGGCCUUCCAUUACUGCGAGGUCAUCAGCCGAGCUCUGCUGACACAGUCACACUACCACUCGGUGGAGUUCAUCGGCCAGCUCAUAGAGAUGUCUGCCCGGCUGCGGUUCUAUGACCCCCAACUGAAGGAGAAGCCAGAGCAGGAGCUCUUCUUGGAGCCCAACUGGCUACUGCACCUCCGGGAGCUGGACAGAGAGAUCCAGGGAGGGGAGGUCACUUUUAGGGACAGGGGGACGCCCCAGCUCUACCCCUGCUCCUCUCCCAGCUCAGAAGAGCCCCCCACCCCGCCCAACCCCUCCACCCUCACCCCCGACUCCUCCAACCCUCUGAUGGCCACUCUCAUGCCCGGGGCUCCACUGCCUGGUGUCCAGCUCAUGCCACCAGCCCCACAAACCUUUCUGCAGGAUGGAGCUCCAGCCGUCGGCCAGAGCCCAGAUGCUGGGGGCUUCUAUCAGACUCUGCCCAAGCCGGCGGUGUCCACAUUCUCCCACGCCUACCAGCCAGACAGCAACUCACCUAUGCCCCAACACACUGGACCCCCACUAAUGAACUCAGACAUGCCUGGGCAUAUGACUCCUCAGAUACCUGGUCAAGUACCUGGUCAGAUGCCCCCACCCAUGCCAGGACACAUGCCAGGUCAAAUGCCAGGGCAACUUCCCCCUCAGAUGCAUGGGCAGAUGCCCCCACCCAUGCCGGGGCAGAUGCCAGGGCAGAUGCCCCCACCCAUGCCGGGGCAAAUGCCAGGGCAAAUGCCAGGCCAGAUGCCCUCACCCAUGCCUGGGCAAAUGCCGGGGCAAAUGCCAGGGCAAAUACCAGGCCAGAUGCCUGGGCAAAUGCCGGGGCAAAUGCCAGGGCAGAUUCCUCCAUAUAUGCCGGGGCAAAUGCCGGGGCAAAUGCCGGGGCAAAUGCCUCCACAUAUGCCCGGGCAAAUGCCAGGGCAGAUGCCACUUUCCAUGCCCGGUCAGAUGCCUCCACCGAUGCCUGGAGGAGAUGCCCCACCCUCUCCCCAGAUGCUCCCUCCGCAGCCCCCUCAGAUGGACUUCUACGACCAGAUGGCUCACCUGGGUCCCGGCAGGAGGUCCAGGACCACCUCACAGUCUUCUAUGCAUAUGGGGCCAGGGCGUCGCUCUCGGACGACGUCGGAAUCGUCUAACCACUCGGUCGGACGUGAGCGGAGCAGCUCAAUCGUCAAUCAGGGCUCCCCACCACCACCCCCCAUCCCAGAGGCCCCGCCCACACAGGACGCUCCCAAGAAAUCCAAGAAAGAGUCACCCAAAAAGGGUGGCGGCGGUGGAUGGUUCACUUGGCUUACCUCAAAGAAGACCGAAGCCCACCUCCCUGACGACAAACACAAAGCUAUCGUUUGGGACGAAAAGAAGCAGAGAUGGGUGAACCAAGAUGAGCCAGAAGAGGAGUAUAAGCCCCCUCCCCCACCCCCAUCCAGUUUCCCCAAGAUGGCUCCAGCGCAUGGGCCAAUGCCUGGAGCGGGGCCGGGUGCCGGGCCGCCUGUUAACAUGUUCUCCAGGAGAGCUGGCACAGGCACGAAGAACCGCUAUGUGGACGUGUUGAACCCCAGCAGAGGGGGUGGAGGUGGUGUUGCACCUGCUCCUAUGCCUGCACCUGCUGACCUGUUCGCUCCACUGGCCCCCAUGCCCAUCCUCUUCACCCCCAAUGCAGCAGAAGAGCAACAGCCAGCAGAGGGGAACACAGCUGAAGGUGUAAACCAGAGUCAGCCUCAGAUGUUUAAUCCCACUCUACUGCCUCAGUGUCCAGAGGGAACUCAGUCUGGAGAGCUGUCCAGAUCUAGUUCAAUGAGUUCUUUAUCACGCGAAGUGAGUCAUCACUUAAAUCAGCAGGCCCCACCGACUGGAGGCGUAACCUUCUAUAACCCCGCCCAAUUUGCACAGGCGGCUCCGGUGCCCAUGCGUGUUGGACGGCUGGGCGGACAGAGAGAGUACCCCACGCUCAAGUGACCGCUGCUGUUCCUCUCAAGGGCUUCACAACGCUGCAAAAUCAUUCAUUGAUUCAUUGGUUCAUUUUAAACCUUAAUCAUCAUGCCUUCCCUCCCCAAUGCUCAUCUCCUGCUCAUCUGUGUCUGCUUUGAUUUCUCUGUCUGGAGCCAUGAAUGUGUGUGUGUGUGUGUGUGUGUAUAGAGAGAGCCUGCUAGUCGGGGUUUUGUUAUGUGCAAUAAUGAUCACUAGUAGACUGCAUUCUGAUUUUUUAUUUUUUCCCCCUGUUAAGUCUGCCCAUUUCAGGUGUGAGUGGUGUGUUAGGUUGUGAGG